AUGGCCGCAGAGCAGGUGAGGGGGCUGCAUGGCCCAGACCCGGCCCCCAGCCCGCAGAAGCCUCCUGCGGGGGUCGUGGCUUCCAGGACUAGUGCUGAGGGCCUCCCCUUGACCAGGAAGAGGAGCAAGAAGGAGAGGGGGCUCCGAGGGUCCCAGAAGGGUGCUGGCAGCUCUCAGGAGCAGACCCCUCUUCCGGGACCUGAGGCCCCAGGGAGCAGCAGGAACCCCUCUGGGACUGGAGGACAGGAGGGGACAGGUCCUGCGACCCCAGGGCCAGCGUCCCGUCGCCAGUCCCACCGGCAUCGCUCUGGCCCUCAGCACGAUGCUGCUCAGAAGACAUACGGACCCUUGCUCAACCGCAUCUUCGGGAAGGACCGUGAGCUGGGCCCCGAGGAGCUGGAUGAGCUGCAGGCCGCCUUUGAGGAGUUUGACACUGACCAUGACGGCUACAUCGGCUACCGGGAGCUGGGCGACUGCAUGAGGACGCUGGGCUACAUGCCCACCGAGAUGGAGCUCAUCGAGGUCUCCCAGCACGUCAAGAUGAGGAUGGGUGGCCGCGUGGACUUCGAGGAAUUUGUGGAACUGAUGAGCCCAAAGCUGAGGGAGGAGACGGCGCACAUGCUGGGGGUGCGGGAGCUGCGCAUCGCCUUCCGAGAGUUUGACAGGGACAGGGAUGGACGGAUCACCGUGGCAGAGCUGCGACAGGCGGCACCAGCUUUGCUGGGGGAGCCGCUGGUGGGUUCUGAGCUGGAUGAGAUGCUCCGAGAAGUGGACCUCAACGGGGAUGGCACCGUAGACUUUGACGAGUUUGUGAUGAUGCUUCUCACCCACUGAGGCUCUAGCAGGGAGAACGCGUUGCCCCUCGGGCCCCAGGCCAGCAGGGUUCACGCUAUACACCCUCCUCAUGAGGCCCCAGAAAGGAAGAGACCCAGCGGCUCCCAGGCUGCUUCGGAACCUUGACAACAUCUGGCUGGUGCUUGUGCGGUCGCCUGCCCACCUGUAUCUUCACCUGCCUCCCCGCCCAGCUGCCGGGAGGAAACCUGCCCCCAGCUGCCUCUCAUUUUCCAGUAUGAGCAAGAUUUUGGAUCUCUCCAGAACCUGGGAGGUAACAAGCUCCUGGGCACUUCAGCAUUCAAAGACAGGCGGACAGCGUUGGCAGGAUUCUGGUAACGUGGUGAAUUGGGAGGGUGACAGCCUGCCUCCCACUACUGCGUAAAAAUGUUAAAAAAAAAAAAAAAAAAAAAAAAAGCUUAACUUGAAGAAAGCCAGGGGUGACCCCAGGUAUUAAAGACAAGGCAAGAACUCAAAGCUGGGUGGUGGGAGAGUGGGGACACCAUGGGGGCCUCAGCAUAGAGAGAAGUUCUGGAGCCCCGGCUCUGACACAUGAGUGACAGGAGAUCUGUAAGAGAGAGACAAAGGAACAGAACAUGAGCCUGACUACCUUUCAGGGUCGCAAAGAGCUACCCUGUUCUUGAAGAGAGGGUCAAAUAUAUUUCCACCUGCCGGCCUGAGGAGGUGGCAAGGGUACAGAUCUCCAGGGCCUCGAGGGAAAAAAGCUACUCUAAGGAACCUGAAACGCAGGCUUGCACAUUAGGCAGGAGAGCUGAACAGAUAGGGAGAAGCUACUGGAAGGGGACGCUUCAACCCAGGACACAAUGGGCUUAACAACCCUGUCACAAAAGGAGAACCCUGUGAACAACUCAUCUCGAGACAAAAGUCCGAUGGCUCCCUGAGGAAGAGCGAUUCGGCUCUGCAAAGACUUUUCAUUGGCAGCGGUAAAUGCCAGAAGACAAUGAGAUGAGCUGGUCGUCAGGCGGAGAAGAAAUGAUUGCCGGCCAAGAAGCCUAUCCCUCACUGAAUCGUUAUUCAAGAAGGAAGGUGAAACAUCAACUUUUUUCAGGAAAUAAACGUUGGGAAGAGUUUCCCAGCCAUGUGCUCUUGUGGAAGGGUUGGCUUCAGUAAGAGGGAAAUUCAGACCUGAACAAAGGCAAAGUAUGUACUAAAUCAUGGUCAGGAAAGCGAUCAGUAAACACAAUGGUGGAUUUAAAGAAGCAUUAACUAUAAAAAAAAAAAAAAAAGUUCAUUUGGGGGAUUUUAAAAAUAAAGGAGGGACUAAAAUAAUAGACAAAAUAAAAUGGAA